ACUCCAAAAAUCCAGCAGCACACUCAUUAUAGUCAUUGACUCUAACUGCCCACUUUCCUAUGUUUUCUCAUAAUAGCUGGCUGGAUGAAGCUGUCCAUCAUUUUUCUCCACUGAAUAGCACACAUUCACGUUUCUUCUGGUUCUUUUCAUCCUCCUUCCCUCACCAAAAAGAAAAGAAAAAAAAACCCACUGGCAACAUGUGCGGUUCUUAGUCACGUGUAGUGCAGCCGCCUGAACAAAACACAGAGGCUCACACUGAAAAUGAGUGACAUGUUCGGGAGCCAAUCAGAGCAAAGAAUUCCGGGUAGCAACAAAAACAAACACAAGCGCGUCGACCAAUCAGAAAUCGCGGAGAGGGGUUCCACAUUCCGCUGUACAGCCUGUUUACUUCCGUCAAUAUUAGGGGAAGAGAGAAGAAAUUUCGUCCAGCAACAAAGAAAGAGGAAUCGCGGUGAGGAGAGUUUCAUCAUUCGGAUGGUGUUAAAGAUGCCGUUCUUGGGCCAAGAUUGGAGAUCUCCUGGAUGGAGUUGGAUCAAAACCGAAGAUGGAUGGAAACCUUUCGAGUUUUUUGGGGCUCACAGUAAAGAAUUUCAGCUGGAAGAACCCGACAAUGAAAACAAAGAGAACUUAUACGCAGAAAAUGUGUGUGAAGUAGCUGCCAAGAAAAGGAAAAAGGACUACGUCAACAACAACACAAAAUCGCAGUUUCUGUACAAGGAGCGGUGGAUCUACGUUCAGAAAGAGAGCACAAGAGAGAGACAUGGCUACUGUACACUGGGGGAAGCUUUUAACAGGCUGGACUUUUCCAGCGCCAUCCAGGACGUGCGCAGGUUCAACUACGUGGUCAAACUGCUGCAUUUAAUCGCUAAGUCCCAGCUGACAUCUUUGAGUGGAGCUGCGCAGAAAAACUACUUCAACGUGCUGGAGAAGAUCGUGAGAAAGGCUUUGGAUGAUCAUCAGAACCCACGGUUGAUUAAAGCCUUAUUGCAAGACCUCAGCUCAGUUCUCGGGACUCUCAUCCGUGAAGUGGGCAAGUCUGUACUUGUGGGCAACAUCAACAUCUGGCUCUGCCGUCUGGAAACCAUUCACAACUGGCAACAACAGCUCAACAAUUUACAAAUCCCUAAGCGAAUCUCCAAUGGCAUGACACUGAGUGACCUUCCACUACACAUGCAGAACAACAUCUUGUACAAGUUCAGCGAUGCCUGUGACAUCAUCAACUUGGGACAGGCCACGCCCACACUGCACAUUCUCAGCGAGGACCGGCAGCUGUGGAAGAAGCUGUGCCAGUUCCACUUUGCUGAGAAACAGGACUCGGGACACCCCUGCACGGCCAACGACCCUGAUAGCUGCCUCACACCCGUCUCACCCCAGCACUUCAUAGACCUCUUCAAGUUCUGAAGUUUACACUAUUUUCUGCAAAGUGAAGGACUGAACCUAUACACACCCGAGUUCUCGCUCCAGACUGCACUCUUCUCCAGCGUCAGAGCGAGCCGACAUUCCUGUUCUCCUGUUUGCUGUUCGUUAUCCAGCAACCAGCGUCCUCCUUUCCCUCACCCCCACUUUUAAGGGCUUAUUAAUUCGGAAGAUGUCAUGGUGUUAGUGUUUUCUUGUUGUCAUAGUUUUCUUUUUUCCUUAUUAUUAUUUCAUGAUGUUCAGUUCAGUGCUGGUCUGUGGAAUAGUCGGGUGGAGUUAAUAAAAAGGCUUCGCUGCAUGCUGUACAGAGUCCGAGAGCGACAGGAAAAACACGGGAAACCGGCAGGAGAAACAGAAAAAUAGAACGAGGCUUUUCAUAGUAACCGAUUGCAUGUUUAACAUAGCUGUAGCAUCGAGUUUAUCCUUGUUAUUUUGUUGUGUUGUGGAUUUUCUCAGACUUCUUGGACACUAAAGUGUACAUUUGCACCAGUUGGGGUGUUUUUUUGUUUUUUGUCGUCAUGAUAUCAAACAGUGACUUUUUAUGAUACACUUUUCUCACAACAGAAAAACAAUAAUGAUGUAAAGCACUGCUAUUUAUGAGCUGGCGUAUUUUCUAUCCUUUCUUUUGCACUUUGUAAUAUGCCUUUAAUAUUCCUGAAACGUAGUGUGUGUGUAUAAUAUAAUGGAUGAAGUUGGCCAAGAAGUGGGGCUGUUGAUGGUACUGAUAAAGAUUUGCUAAAAAUAUGGAGGAAAGAAAAUCCUAUGAUGAUUAAACCUUUUAUGGAGAGAAUGA